CAUUUGAAAUGUAUCAUAUUUCAUAUAAAAUCUCAAGCAAAAUUUUAUUUAACUUUAAAGUGAUGGAAGAACCUGAUGACGGGGAUGGAUGCACUUUUGAAAUGUUGGCCCUCCUCGAUGUGGAGCAGAUCUUUACUACACCACUGAGAUGUCCAGUGUCAUACUGCGAGGAAGCGCUGACGCCAAUUGAGAUGCUGGCACAUCUUCUGAUGUCUCACAGACCCGGCGAGUCGAUGCAGGAGGCAGUGGCCGACUGGCCGCAGCUGUUCCAUGUUCAAAUGAACGAACUGGAGGCGGGCGUGAGCCAUGUGAUUGGUGCACUGGCGUACCACGGCACACCGCAGGCGGGAGUCAGCACUCCGGUGACUCCAGAGCUGCAGGUAGUCCAUCAGUUGCCGGUGAUGCUCGUAAUGUACAUCACUCCGCCGAUGGACAACGUGCAACAGGUCGUAAUCUUCUACAUGGUCAGUCCGCUGAUCACCACGAAUUUGAGUGUGGCCGUACAGAUCUCUCUCCUGGAUGGGGACCAGGAUAAGCACGGACAGAAGUCCCAAUGCCUGCUAUCUUCGACUGCCAAUCUCGGUGCUCACGGAUGCGGGCAGCAGCUCUUCAUUGACAUGGAUUUUAUUGCCUACUCGGCCACCGGCAUUCAGAGGCUCAUCGAUAUGGAUCCAGAGGGUCAGCUCCAUGUCAAGGUCAUUCUGACUGGGGAACCAAAUUCAUGGUGAUUGCAAAGACACCAACGGUAUACAGAAGACUAGUUUUUCUCAGCUGCGAUGACUCAUUCGGGAUUGACAGACACAUUAGAGCCACCGGCCAGGCACCGGCAUGGCCCCAAUUGACGCACACUUGAAAUUUGUAAUCUGAGUGCCUGUCAAUAAUGUUCAAUUUUUUCUAUACUAUAUAGACUAUAUAUAUAUUAUUCUUAG